AUGCACUACGAGGACAUUUUGAAUCAAAUCGGGCCUUUUGGCAAGUACCAGAAACUGCUGGUGUUUGCCUUGUUUUUGGUUAUUAUUCCACCUCCCUUUCACUUCAUAGGGCAGGUGUUCCUGGCUGCUAACACCGAUCACUGGUGUGCAGUACCAGCCAGCCAGAUGAUCAACUGCAGCCAACUCCAGCUGGCUGAGUGUCAAGAAGAGCAGAAGAGCUACAGUAUUCCCUAUGAGAUUGAUGAUGAUGGAAACAAAGUCUACUCCUCGUGUGCGCGGUAUGUCACGAACGAUGAAGACGUUGGUAGAAACAUGAGUUUGAAUUCAACGGACGUCAUCUCCUGCGAUGCUGGCUGGGAAUUUGAUCACUCACACUACAAGUCCACCAUCAAUGAAGAUUUCAGCUUGGUCUGUGACAGACAGGAUCUACCUGCCUAUGCCCAGUCAGUUUGGUUUGCAGGAUUGCUGGUUGGUUCCUUGGUUUGGGGUUCUAUGGGUGACUGGAUUGGUAGGAGAAAGACCUUCAUUUUAACUGUCAUUCUUGUCACAAUUUCAUCUAUUGUUACAUCUUUUGUGCCCAACUGA